AGAACUGCUGUCAGGGUAUGUCUCAAUGUGUUAGAAACUUCAUCCAGAAGACAUCUUUUGAAAGAAGGAUGAGUCUCCUGUCAUUGCUGGUUUUCUGUUUCAUGCUUUUCUCAGGGACAGCUGCUGGACUUUAUUCUGCUGAUCCGUCUCUGGUGGUUUCCACUGAAGGACAAAGUAUCUGUUUGCCAUGUGGCGUACCUUCUGAGUCGUGUUCCUCGAUAAACUGGACGAUGGCAGAAAUGAUUCCAGGCUGGUUUUCUGAUGUGGUGAUGGAUGGAAGGGUGACAUCUGCAGAUGCCAGGUAUCAUCUGUUGAAGGACUGUUCCUUGGAAAUCGCUCAAGUCAAACCUGAUGAUGCCCACAUGUACACCUGUCAAAGCGGAUCACUUAAUUCAAGUGUUUCACUUCAGAUCCUUGAAGUUAUUGAGAGCCAAACUCCUGCAGAGGGCACAAUAGAGCUUCACUGUUAUCUGAACACAUUUAAAGGAUACGUGCCUUGCAGCAGAAACUCAGACAUCCACAUCAGAUGGACUGACCAGAAUGAUGAACCACUAAAUGGUCAAAGAUUUAGAUCUGAGACUCUAUCUGCUUGCUUCUCUAAACUUUUCAUCACCAAAAAACUGACGGACCAUCAUAGAACGUGGAAAUGUCACGUCCUACAGAACAACCAGAUUAAAGCCUCCGUCAGUUAUGAGACUACAGUAGAAGGUGGCCUGGAGGAAGUGUUUGCUGCUGUGGGUGAGUCAGUGUCACUCACUUGCACUUCCUCUCUCAGUUCUGGAGGCAACACAGAGUGGACUGUGAACAAAACACCACUGAGAAACAUGUCAUCUGAAACCAGCCCAACAAAAGCAUUUCACCUGGAUGAAGACUCAUCGUUGGUGAUCAGUAAACUGAGUCCUCUGAAUGCAGGAGAAUAUCAGUGUACUGAGUCCACCGGCCUGCAAAGAGUCCUCAACAAAAUCAGGCUGCACACACUCGAUGUUAGGGCAGAGUCCGGGUCAGCGGGAGUGAAGCUCACCUGUGUGCUAACUUGUGCUGAACAAUGUGAAGAAAACUUUAACCUAAGCUGGUCUGGAACCAGUCGAGAAGGUUGGCAGAGCAGAUCAACGACUGUCAAUAAAACACUGAUCAGCAUGAUGCUUCUCACAGUUUGGCCUGAAAGCUCAGAUGAAUUCAUUUGUUCAGUGAAGAGAGAAGGUUCAACCAUGGCCCUGAAGGAGUGGCACGCUGAUUUCUCUCUGCAGAAACUCGCCUGGUUGGGUCUCAUCAGCCUCCUCAUAUGUGCAGCUGCAGGAGGAUGUUACAUGUACAGGAAGUGGAAGCAAAACAAGGAUGCAGCUAAUGAACAUCCUGGAAUUGGAAUGACUCAGGUUUAUGAUGUCAUUCAGGAUGUGGAAGUAAAAGAGCAAAGACCUUUCAAGAGAGAAGCCCCCACCACUGAUGAUGGUUUCUAUGAUUUAUUACAGGCUGUCAGUUAAGGUGAAGUAAACUGUUUGUUCAGAAAACAACAUUUGUUUUUACUCACAAAAUCAUUUACAAAAUGUUUCUUACUAGAAAAUGUUAAUCGUGUUUAUAAAUCCUCUACAUCUGUCAUCAAACUGAAAAAUGUUUAGUAGAAAUCAACAACAAGCAAUGCAAUCUGAGUUUCAUUAGAAUAACGAGAAGUUUCAACAACCAGGAUGCAACACUGAUCAGAGGAUUCAGACCAGACGGCAAAACAAGAGAAGCUCUUCGUGUUUUCCAUGAGCAGGUUGAAAACAAUUAAGUUUGAACUGAAAUAAAGAAUAAAAUAUAGUAAAUAAAACAA